AUGCAGUAUUACGGACAGUACGAACAAGAACGAGUUCAUAGUUACACUGAAGAAAACAUCCAGGUGACUUUACACAACCGCGAUCUUUGGGAACAAUUUCAUCGAUUAACAAAUGAAAUGAUCGUAACAAAAGCUGGCCGUCGUAUGUUUCCAAUCAUAGCUGUAAAUAUCCGUGGUUUGGAUCCGGAGAAGAUGUAUACCGUAGAAUUGUCCUUUGAUCAAAUUGAUUCACACCGAUGGCGAUUUGUCAGUUGUCAAUGGCAGCCUGGAAUGAAACCUGAGCCAACUAUUGAUCGUCCGGCUUAUCAACAUCCUGAUUCACCAAAUUACGGUCGAACGUGGAUGAGAGAUACGAUAAUGUUUCCGAAAGUGAAGUUAACCAAUAAAAUUGAAAACACAGGUGCAAGUCAGGUUCUGCUCAAUUCUCUUCAUAAAUAUCGACCCAGAAUCUCAAUAAUUGAUGUGAUUUCAAAAUCAAAAAUCUAUGAAACAAGCUUUGACGUGACUGAAUUCAUCGCCGUCACAGCGUAUCAGAAUGAAGAAGUUAAAUCACUCAAAAUCCGACACAAUCCAUUUGCAAAAGCGUUCUUGGAAACAGCAAAUAUCAAACGUGAAACGACAGAUGAACAAGCAAACAAUGCGGUUACAUUCCAUUCGCAAGCAUCAUCAUCAUCUGGCGGGCCAGAACGACUUAAAAUUGAAUCGUAUCGAGCAUCACCUUAUAGUUACUCACAAUCGCACCGUAAAUCAUCACCGAACAAUAUUUCACCAUAUCCAUCUACGUCAACGUCUCCAUUCGAUGCAUCGAUCUACUAUGCUCCUCUACCAUCAACAAAUCCACCUUGCUCAUCAACGACAUCAUUUUUAUCUGACACAACUCCUUAUUAUUCGAAUUCAUACUAUCCACCAUCGUCAUCGUAUUACUUUCCGUACGGAGCAUCAUCACCAUUACCACCGCCACCACCAACAUCAUCAUCCGUUGGCCAUUAUUCAUUCAUGACACCAUUUAAUUAUCCGUUGAAUAACAGUCCAAAUGUAGAUACCAAAUCUUUUUUGUGCAUGCAACCUUCGACAAGUAUGCCGUCUGUUGAUGAAAACCGUUUCAAUUUACUGAUACCAACAUCAGCAAACUCUGACCAAUAUUAG